GGCCGGAGUUUCGGCGGGGCCGGGCCAGCGCCGGUCACAUGGCGGGGAGCGGCGGCGGCAGCCGGCGGAGCGGGGGGCCGGGGCGGCAGCAUGGCCCUGGAGGACCCGUUCUCCGCCGUGCGGGGGGAGGUGCAGAAGGCUGUGAACACGGCCCGGGGGCUGUACGAGCGCUGGUGUGAGCUGCUGCAGGAGACUCAUGUCGUCAGCACGGAGGAGUUCGACUGGACCACGAACGAGCUGCGCAACAGCCUGCGGAGCAUCGAGUGGGACCUGGAGGAUCUGGAGGAGACCAUUGGCAUUGUGGAGUCGAACCCUCGCAAGUUCAGGAUCGAAGCCAGCGAGCUGACAGAGAGACGGGCCUUCGUGAGGCAGAUGCGGGACUCUGUCAAGGAGAUGCGGGAUCACAUAUCCAGCCCGUCAGCCCUGGCCUUCGCCGAGCGGAAAAACAGAGAGAUGCUGAUUGGCGGUGGGGCCAGCCAGAAGCCCCCCCCGGAGCGGUACGGGCAGCUGCGGGAGGAGCUGGUGUCAGCCAAUUCCCGCUAUAUUGAGGAGCAGCAAUUGCAUCAGCAGCUGAUCGUAGAGCAGCAGGACGAGCAGCUGGAGCUGGUGUCGGGCAGCAUCCGGGUCUUGAAGCACAUGUCGGGCCGGGUUGGGGACGAGCUGGACGAGCAGAGCUUACCGGCGCCAGUGGUGUGUGAUCGGCAUUCUGCUUGUUCUUCUCAUCGUGGUGCUUAUCCUCUUCUUCACUCUGUAAUCGGCUGGCCAGGACUGCGGGCGGGGGGCACCACUCUCCUGACCAGCCCCCCCCUCCCCCUCCACGCACAUGCCUCCAUCAUUGCUUGGCGAGCAGCCCAGGAGCUGCCCUGCUGGAGCACAGCCCAAAACGGUGCCUUUCUCUGACCUUUGGGGCUGGCACCUAUGGUAAAGAAAAGGCACCUCCAGGUACCAGGGGAGAUUCCUGCUGGGAAUCUGGUUCAGGUGUUUCUCUCCUCCCCCCCAGCCUUUGCUUCCACAUCAGGGGCUUGCAGUCAGGUACAGGGCUGGGGGUGUUGUCAGCCUGUAGGGGGCAGUAGCAAUGUGCUGGAAUGGGGGGCACUUCUGAUCUCUCCCCAGAUUUGGGAGGGAAGGGAAGCCAGUUCAUUGGUACCUCCAUCCCCCUUCUGCAAAGCCAGGAGCGGGAAGGAGAAGCAGCUUGCCCGUUCCAGGACGGGAUGGGGCAGCACAGCCUGUGCCACCAGGGGGCGCUGUCUUAUCACACCAGCUGCCUGUUGCAGGUAGACCGAUUCUUACUAGCAUGGGGUGCAAACUCAGCUGUUAAUACCCUCCCAUGCUGGGCUGGCGCACGGGGUGCUCUGUGGGUUCAGGGAUGGUGACAGCUGCUUUUUAGGGCUCCCCUGCCUUAAAGCCCAGCUGCGCUUUGCCUGGCCUGCCCUGGCUCCUCGCCCCUCCCUGGCGGGGCCGUCGCUCGUUUUUUGUACGAAAAGCCAAAAUAAUUCCUCAGGCGGGUUUUCAGUUAAAGAAAUGGGGGGUCGCGUUGUUGGAUUUUUGCUGCCUUAGGGGGGAGGAAGAGGACCUGAUGGUCGGUUUGUUGUUAAUUAUUUGUAUUAUGGUAGAGUUGAGGCCCCCAUGGUGCUAGGUGCUGUACAAACAGAACCGGGAUGGACCCUGCUGGUGCCUCUGCCACAAGGAGAGACUGCAGUGCAUGCUGGGAGAUAUAGUCUGGCCAAGGAGCAGGGCCCAUGGGGGAAAUAGGGGCAUGAGACACUCCUUUCUACAAUUCCCAUGAUGCACUAUGGCAGCUGAGAGGGAGUGCAGUGCAUCAUGGGAGAUGUAGUCUGGGCAGGGAGCUUGGCCCACAGAGGAAAAUGGGGGUGGGAGGGGCUCCCGGCUGCAACUCCCAGGUUGCAGCCCAGUGGCUCUGCUCCAGGGAGUGAGCACAGUGUGUUCUGGGAGAUGUAGUCCAGCCGGGGAGCAGGGCCUGUGGGAGGAAGUAGAGGCACAAAGGACGUCCAACGACAGCUCCCAUGUGACAUGGUCCCAGAGUCUCGUGGCCUCGCCGGAACCUGAAUUUCUAAUUUAAAAAAAAAAUCAAAUUAAUAUUUUUUUAAAAAACCUUUAAACAAUAAAGCAGCAAAACUGA